UCCCUCAUUCAAUCCACCAAAUCAACACCACUAAUAACCUUCCAAAUUCUCUUACCUUACCAAAUCUCAUUUUUUCAUUAUAUCUUAGUCCCUUUGCAUUCUUUUGUUACCUCUCCACAAAAAAUGGUGACCGUAGAAGAGAUUCGUAACGCUCAACGUUCUAAAGGCCCUGCCACUAUCUUAGCUUUUGGCACAGCCACUCCUUCUCACUGUGUCACUCAAGCUGAUUAUCCUGAUUACUACUUCCGUAUCACCAAUAGCGAGCACAUGACUGAUCUUAAGGAAAAAUUCAAGCGCAUGUGUGAUAGAUCAAUGAUAAAGAAACGUUACAUGCACCUAACAGAAGACUUUCUGAAAGAGAAUCCAAACAUGUGUGAAUACAUGGCACCAUCACUAGAUGUAAGACAAGACAUAGUUGUUGUUGAAGUACCAAAGCUAGGUAAAGAAGCAGCAAAAAAAGCCAUAAGUGAAUGGGGACAACCAAAAUCCAAAAUCACACAUCUUGUUUUCUGCACCACUUCCGGUGUAGACAUGCCGGGAGCCGAUUACCAACUCACCAAACUCUUAGGCCUAAAACCUUCCGUCAAGCGUCUCAUGAUGUAUCAACAAGGUUGUUUCGCUGGCGGCACGGUUCUCCGCUUAGCGAAAGACCUUGCUGAGAAUAACAAAAAUGCAAGAGUUCUUGUUGUUUGUUCUGAAAUUACUGCGGUUACUUUUCGUGGACCAUCGGAUACUCAUCUUGAUUCACUCGUAGGACAAGCGCUUUUCGGUGAUGGAGCCGCAGCGAUGAUUAUCGGUGCGGAUCCUGAUUUAACCGUGGAGCGUCCUAUUUUCGAGAUUGUUUCGGCUGCUCAGACUAUUCUUCCCGAUUCUGAUGGUGCAAUUGAUGGACAUCUUCGUGAAGUGGGGCUCACUUUUCAUUUAUUGAAAGAUGUUCCCGGGAUUAUUUCAAAGAACAUUGAAAAAAGUUUAGUUGAAGCUUUUGCACCUAUUGGGAUUAAUGAUUGGAAUUCGAUAUUUUGGGUUGCACAUCCGGGUGGACCGGCUAUUUUGGACCAGGUCGAAGAGAAACUCGGCCUCAAAGAGGAGAAACUUUUGUCCACCCGACAUGUGCUUAGUGAAUAUGGAAAUAUGUCAAGUGCUUGUGUUUUGUUUAUUUUGGAUGAAAUGAGGAAGAGGUCUAAAGAGGAAGGGAAGAUUACAACCGGUGAAGGGUUGGAAUGGGGUGUGUUAUUUGGGUUUGGACCGGGUUUAACUGUUGAGACCGUUGUGCUUCAUAGUGUUCCGGUUCAAGGUUGAAUUUUAGUAUACAUAGAUUGGUAAAUAAAAUUUGCCUGCUGAGAUAUGUGAACCAACUUUGUAGGCAAGCUCAAAUUAAAAAGUUUGAGAUAUAAUAUUGUGCUUUAGUGAUUAUGGUAUGGUUCUAAUUGGUCAUGUAAUGUGAUGUUUUUACCUUUUAGGUAUGGUUCUAAUUGGUUAUGUAAUGUAAUGUUUUUGCUUUUUUUUUUCUUUCUGAAAUUCAUGUAAUGUGAUGUAAAGUAUAAUAUGUUUGGUUGGAAUUAUUUGCUAUUUUUGGGUUGGAA